UGCGUAGAGUGAAAUGAAGCGAAUCGUUUGGUUAGUCGUGUGUUGUGCGGCAUUAUCUGUCGGUGCAAGUGAUCGUGCUCGUCCUAGGGAGGGCGGAAUCAUCACUAGUGGGAUAGUAGGAUACGGUUUAGAGGUGCUGUUGACCAAGCUAGAUUCAAUAGAGCAUAAAUUGCAAAAGAUGCAAACCCAGUUGAACGAAUAUCGAUCCACUCGUGAAGGAAAUUUAAUCAACGUUGAACAUAAAUUAGAAAAUCAAGCAACGCCUAAUACAAGCGGAAUCCAGGAAAGGAUAGAUGCCACAUUGCAAAAAAUCCUUCAACAAGUCGGCCAAGUACAAAAAGACUGCUCUUACCACAAGCACACUCUGCAGUUGAUGAUGGGCAUGCCGGAGAAUUCCGUUCAUACAACGCUGAAGCAGGAUUGUGCCACACCAUCAGUGGAGGAAAAAAGUGUCACACCAACAUCAGCCGUGCCCGACGGACCUUCGUUUUUCUCGUGCAAGGAUACAUCCUCGAACGUCUCGGGGACAUACUUGAUCCGCGUAAAGAAUGGUAGUGUCCCAUUUAAAGUGUUUUGUGAACAACAAAAGUUUGAAGGUGGAUGGAUUGUGAUUCAACACCGCUACGAUGGUUCACUGAACUUUUACCGAAACUGGAACGAAUUCCGCGAUGGAUUUGGUGAUUUGGAAAAGGAGUUCUGGCUCGGUCUAGAGAAAGUGUACCAGAUAACAAAGGAUCGUGCUCACGAAAUAAUUAUUGAAUUGAAAGACUUUAGCGGAAACUACAAGUAUGCGCGCUAUGAUUCGUUCGAAAUUGGCAGUGAAUGUGAAAGAUAUUUCUUGAAGAAUCUUGGAUCCUAUAACGGGACUGCUGGUAAUGCAAUGUCGUACAACAAGGGACUGAAGUUCACAACGAUGGAUAGUUAUGGCAAGAGCACUGCACAAUGUACCAUUUACCGGCAAGGGGCCUGGUGGCACGAACGAGAUUGUACGCGUGCGAAUUUAAACGGCCGAUACAUUAAUGCUCUCAAUUGGACAUCCAUGUUUUGGUACGAUUUCGAUUCCUAUCGAGGAUUGAGCUUCUCGAGAAUGAUGAUCCGUGAAGUGGAAUAG